AUGAACACUGUUCGUACUGGUCUCUUGCGAGAGCUGCGGUCGCUACCCUUACACAGCCUCACACUGGCACGUUUGUCACGGCAUGUCGCUGCUACCAAGAGCAUCCCGCGGUUAAAACACGUAGCGGAGACGUUACAGAACUUCCAUGAUGUUCCAUCGACGAAGAAACACACACAGUACAAGAUCCUUACCACGUUGCUGUUGCAACUGUACUGCCAAUGGGACAAUUCUUUCAGCCGCUUGUCGCAUCUGCCACCACACUUAGCACCGUUCGAGCAAGAUUUCCCUGGACUGGUGCGGAUAUGGCCAAGGGAGAGUCACUUGUCAUUGAAGCAGUCCACAAAGGGCCACGCGACGCUCAAACACGCCUGGGUGACCAAUAACAAGCACGCCCUGCAAAUGUCUUUCGACGCUGCAGCAGCUAAUCCCACAAGCGGGAACAUAGAACUGCGGGGCAGCCUGAGACAAAUACUCUCGCACUAUCAGCUGCUCUACAACAACAUGAGAAUGUUUGGCAAGAUCAAACUGCAAGUGCCCGUGGCAGAAAUCCCACUGAAUGUCUUCGGCGAGGAGAUCCCCGCCUGCCGGACGGCCAAUCUGCUACAGAGGAAAGUGGGCUACGUUAAGCGCGUGCUCAUCGAAGAGUUACCGGCCCUGUACAACACGGAAUGCAUCGCCGAGCUCACAGCUAUAAUUGCGGGGGACGGUCCCGCGGCACGGUCCGGGAACUACUCCCCACGGCAGCUGCGACGGCUGUACCGCAGAGCCUUUGCCGGGUGUUACACGCUGGCCAGCACCGCCCAGGAGGGUCAGAACGGCGGCGUCCACAGUUUUGCGCUCCGGAUGCUCUGCCCCACGUGA